AACCUGGCUCCGCCGCCGUAUUCACGGACGUGGCGUUACGGCUCAUUCAAACGGAGACAAGAUGGCGGCGGCAGCAACAAUGAUGCCGUUCGGGCAGCAGAUCUCCUCCAAAAGCGACCUGGUCCCGGACUGGACCGGCAAGGAAGUCAGCACCGGGACCACCAUCAUGGCGGUGGAGUAUGAUGGCGGCGUGGUGAUCGGUGCUGACUCUCGCACCACCACAGGGGCGUACAUCGCCAACAGAGUGACAGACAAGUUGACUCCCAUCCACGACCGCAUCUUCUGCUGCAGGUCUGGAUCUGCUGCAGACACCCAGGCCAUCGCUGACGUGGUCACCUACCAGCUGGGCUUCCACAGCAUCGAGCUGGAUGAGCCCCCCCUGGUGGAGACAGCAGCCAACCUGUUCCGUUCGAGCUGCUACAGGUACAGAGAGGAGCUGACGGCCGGCAUCAUCGUGGCCGGAUGGGACCGCAGGAAGGGCGGCCAGGUGUACUCGGUGCCGAUCGGCGGCAUGCUGGUUCGUCAGCCCGUCUCCAUCGGCGGCAGCGGCAGCACCUACAUCUACGGCUUCAUGGACUCCAACUACAAACCUGGACUGAGCCGGGACCAGUGCCUGGAGCUCACCGCCGCAGCCCUGUCUCUGGCCAUGGAGAGAGACGGCUCCAGCGGCGGCGUGGUGAGACUGGCGGCCAUCUCAGAGGACGGCGUGGAGCGCCGCUGCAUUCUGGGAAACCAGCUGCCCAAGUUCUCCACACACUGAGCGCACACACAUACACACUGAAAACACACACACACUAACACUAACACACACACACACACACACACACAGUUUCCAUGUGUUUGUAUUGAUGUUAAUAAAGGUUUCUGACUUGA